UUUUGUUUGUUUGUUUGUUUUGUUUUGUUUUCUUCCUGCUGCACUGCGUAGCUUUCAGGAUCUUUGUUCCCCAGCCAAGGAUGGAGGUCGAAUCCGGGCCCACCUCGGUGAAAGCGCGGAGUCCUAACCACUGGACCGCCAGGGAAUUCCCAGGAUCUGAGUUAAGAAAACAAACUCUCUUAGGCUCUGUGUGGGAAAUAGUUGGUAGGAGACUAGGUUAAGGGCAAAAGCAAGGAGGCCAGUUAGCAGGCUAUUGCUGUCCUUUCUGAUGAGAUGAUGGUGGCCUGGGCUAGAGUUGCAGCAGAACGGGAGAAUGGGAAGUGGAUAGAUUUGAUACAUUUUGGAGUUAGAGCUGACAAAACUUUGCUGAUAGAUUAAGUGUGGAGAUUGAGGGAGAGGAAACAAAAAAUGACUCAGUUUCUCCUAGUGCAACUGGGAGGAUGCUUGGGUCAUUAACUGAGAUGGGCAAGACUGGGCAGACACAGGUUUUGGGUUAGGAUGUGUACGAAGAAAUGAAGAGUUCUGUAUUGAGUUAGAGACGGUCGAUAGGUACCCAAGGGGAGGUGCCCUAUAGACAGUGGAACUAUGUGUCUGUGACUCCAGGGGUUGGGAGGGGGGUUCUGUGCUGGAAACGUGAACUGGGAAGUCUUUAACCUAUAACGCAGCGCUGUCCAAUAGAAAUAGAAAGCGAGCCACGUAAAUAAUUAAAAUUUUCCCAGUAGCCACACUGAAAAAAGUAAAAAGAAACAGAGGAAACUAACUUAAAUAAUAUACUCAUUUAAACCAAUAAAUCCCAAAUAUUAUCUCAGCACGUAGUCAAUAUAAAAAUUAUCGAGGAGAUAGCUGGCAUUCUUUCUUCGACAUCCGGUGUGUAUUUUUCAUUUACAACACAUUUAACUCGCACUCGCCACAUUUCAAGCGCUCAGUUGCCACCUGCCGGCUAGGGGUUACCGCUUGGUUCAGCUCACCAGUGGAGGGUUUUCAAAGCCAGGAGCUUGGACCCACCCGGACAGUAGAGAAGACGCACUUCCGCCGGACGGAGCGCCCCGGACGGAAAUUGCGGCGGAACGGAAGUUGCGCUUGUGCGUGCGCAGCCGCAGACAGCUGAGCCCGGGGCUUGCCUACUGAGAGGAGCUUUCGCGGCCGGACGCCAGGCUCUCGGCCAGCGUCUUUGGGCUGUUUUAGUGCCAUGCAUCCUUUACAGUGUGUCCUCCAAGCGCAGAGAUGUCUGAGGUGGGGGCCCUUGGCCUCUGUGUCCUGGCUGCUGCUCAGGACCUGCAGGGCACACAGUGGUGUCUGCAGCUCUGCAUGUCCCAGUCCAGAGAGGCGGCAGGAGGAUGGAGUUUGGAAGGAUUUCAGCUCCAGGCUGGCCACUGGACCGCCUUUUCAGCAUUUUUUAAGAAGUGCUUCAGUUCCUCAAGAGAAACCGUCUACUCCAGAUGUGGAGGACCCACCCCCAUAUCUCACAGUGGAUGAUCUUUUAGGAAGGCAGAGAAAAGUCUACCUUGAGACCUAUGGCUGCCAGAUGAAUGUGAAUGACACAGAGAUAGCCUGGUCCAUCUUACAGAAGAGUGGCUACCUCCGGACCAGUAACCUUCAGGAGGCUGAUGUGGUCCUCCUUGUCACAUGUUCUAUCAGGGAGAAGGCUGAACAGACCAUCUGGAAUCGUUUACAUCAGCUCAAAUCCUUGAAGUCAAAACGGCUCCGCUCCCAAGUGCCUCUGAGGAUUGGGAUUCUAGGCUGCAUGGCUGAGAGAUUGAAGGAGGAGAUCCUCAACAGAGAGAAAAUGGUGGAUAUUUUGGCUGGUCCAGAUGCCUAUAGGGACCUUCCUCGGCUGCUUGCUGUUGCCGAGUCAGGCCAGCAAGCUGCCAAUGUUCUGCUCUCUCUGGAUGAGACCUAUGCUGAUGUCGUGCCAGUCCAGAUGAGGCCCAGUGCCACUUCUGCUUUUGUGUCUAUCAUGCGAGGCUGUGACAACAUGUGCAGCUACUGCAUUGUUCCUUUCACACGUGGCCGGGAGAGGAGUCGGCCUGUUUCCUCCAUUCUAGAGGAAGUGAGGAAGCUUUCUGAGCAGGGGCUGAAAGAAGUGACACUCCUUGGUCAGAAUGUUAAUAGUUUUCGGGACAGUUCAGAGGUCCAGUUCAACAAUGCAGUGUCCACCAACCUUAGCCGUGGCUUUUCCACCAACUAUAAAGCCAAGCAAGGGGGCCUUCGUUUUGCUUACCUUCUGGAUCAGGUCUCCAGAAUAGAUCCAGAAAUGAGGAUUCGUUUCACCUCUCCCCACCCCAAGGACUUUCCUGAUGAGGUUCUGCAGCUGAUUCAUGAGAGGGACAAUAUCUGUAAACAGAUCCACCUACCAGCCCAGAGUGGAAGCAGCCGUGUAUUGGAGGCCAUGCGGAGGGGAUAUUCAAGAGAAGCUUAUGUGGAAUUAAUUCAUCAUAUCAGAGAGUCUAUCCCAGGUGUGAGCCUCAGCAGCGAUUUCAUUGCUGGCUUUUGUGGUGAGACGGAGGAAGAUCACCUCCAGACAGUAUCUUUGCUUCAGGAAGUUCAGUACAACAUGGGCUUCCUCUUUGCCUACAGCAUGAGACAGAAGACACGGGCAUAUCACAGGCUGAAGGAUGAUAUCCCGGAAGAGGUAAAAUUAAGGCGUUUGGAGGAACUUAUCACUGUCUUCCGAGAAGAAGCAACAAAAGCCAACAAGACUUUUGUGGGUUGUACCCAGCUGGUGCUGGUGGAGGGGCUCAGUAAACGCUCUGCCACUGACCUGUAUGGCCGGAAUGAUGGAAACCUUAAGGUGAUCUUUCCUGAUGUAGAGAUGGAGGAUGUCACUAACUCUGGGCUCAGGGUCCAAGCUCAGCCUGGGGACUAUGUGCUGGUGAAGGUAAGGGGUCUUCCCUGGUGGCAGAGUGGUUAAGAAUGUGCCUGCCAGUGCAGGGGACAUGGGUUCGAUCCCUGGUCCAGGAAGAUCCCACAUGCCUCAGACCAGCUUAGCCCAUGCACCACAACUACUGAGCCUGUGCUCUAGAGCCCACGAGCCACAGCUGCUGAGCCUGCGUGCUGCAAGUACUGAAGCCCACAUGCCUAGAGCCUGUGCUCUCUGACAAGAGAAGCCACCACAAUGAGAAGCCCAUGCACUGCAAUGAAGAGUAGACCCCGCUGGCCGCAACUAGAGAAAGCCUGCUCACAGCAACGAAGA